GGGUUAUGUGGUCCCGGUCUGAAUUCGCUGGGAGGCAUAGGAAGGUCCGGACACGAAUUCAGCCAUAUUCCACACUCUUGGCUUGAUAGGUAGCCAGCGGCGCCGGGUUGCAGUAGCUAAAAAGGAGGAUCCACAUACGAAAAGUAGCCUUUCUUUUAACAAUCGUGUUUAAUAUUUUUGUCGUGGAAACAAAAUAGCUGGCUUUUGUGCUUUAGGUCGCAUUCCAAACCGGAUCGAAUGGAAGGUGUAUGAAUCUGAGCUUUGAUCGACGGGAAAACCAGACAUCCCAUAUUAACUGGCAAGUGGGGAUUUUUUAGGAUUAAGGCGAAUGGGCCUCGAAUAUAAGCGAGAGGAACAUGAACACAACGUGAGCAACCGGAACGCGUCGAGCUUGGAAAAAUAAAAACUAAAUUAUUUUAGCUAGUCGAUUUUGUAGGCUACUUAAGCGAGCUAGCAAGCAAGGUAGCUGGCGGCUAACGUUAACGUUAGUUAGCAAGAGGUUUCAGUCUUCGAUUUCCGUGCCCCGUAUUUGCUAAAUAAAUUGCUUUUUUGUUUGCGUAAUUGCGAAGCAGGUUCAUCACUGCGCCCCGUAACAGAUUUUUUGGGGUGUUCUUCAUUCUUGGGGAAAGGGAGUGGUAACUGGUUUAAAGAACAUGUCAGCAAAGGUGAGGCUGAAGAAGUUGGAGCAGUUGCUCCUGGGCGGCCGCCAGAAGAAUGAGACGUCCUUAAGCGUGGAAACACUUCUGGAUAUUUUAAUAUGUUUAUACAACGAAUGUAGCAACUCGCCUUUAAAACGGGAGAAACAUGUGGCGGACUUUCUGGAAUGGGUGAAGCCGUUCACCACCACGGUGAAGCAGAUGAGGUUGCACAGGGACGACUUCGAGAUGCUCAAGGUGAUCGGAAGAGGGGCCUUCGGAGAGGUCGCCGUGGUGAAGAUGAAAAACACCGAGCGCGUGUACGCCAUGAAGAUCCUGAACAAGUGGGAAAUGCUGAAGAGAGCCGAGACCGCCUGCUUCCGGGAGGAGAGGAACGUUCUGGUGAACGGGGACUGCCAGUGGAUCACCCGGCUGCACUACGCCUUCCAGGACGACAACUACCUGUAUUUGGUGAUGGACUACUACGUCGGAGGGGACCUGUUGACGCUGCUCAGUAAGUUCGAGGACCGGCUCCCGGAGGACAUGGCCCGGUUCUACGUGGCCGAAAUGGUCCUGGCCAUCCACUCCAUCCACCAGCAGAAUUACGUUCACCGAGACAUUAAACCGGACAACGUGCUGCUGGACCUGAACGGCCACAUCCGCCUGGCUGACUUUGGCUCCUGUCUGAAGAUGAUGGAGGAUGGCACGGUGCAGUCCUCGGUCGCCGUGGGGACGCCGGACUACAUCUCCCCGGAGAUCCUGCAGGCCAUGGAGGACGGGAAGGGGAAGUACGGGCCCGAGUGCGACUGGUGGUCCCUGGGGGUGUGCAUAUACGAGAUGCUGUACGGCGAGACGCCCUUCUACGCCGAGUCGCUGGUGGAGACCUACGGCAAGAUCAUGAACCACGAGGAGCGCUUCCAGUUCCCGUCCCACAUCACGGACGUGUCGGAGGACGCCCGGGACCUGAUCCAGAGGCUGGUGUGCAGCCGGGGCCAGCGGCUGGGCCAGCGCGGCAUCCAGGACUUCCAGGCGCACCCCUUCUUCCGCGGCAUCGACUGGGAGAGCAUCCGCAGCGCCGAGGCGCCCUACGUCCCCGACGUCAGCUCCCCGACCGACACCUCCAACUUCGACGUGGACGAGGACGUGCUCAAGAACCCGGACCUGGGCCCUCCCAUCUCUCACACUGGGUUCUCUGGCCAGCACCUGCCCUUCGUGGGCUUCACGUACACCACAGACAGCCCUUUCUCCGACCGCGGCUGCCUGAACCCGGCCACGCCCGCCGAAGGGGAGGUGGAACCGGACGGGGAGGACGAGGGCGAGGGGGAGGGGGAGGGGGAGGGCGGCCCCAAGACGCAGGUCUUCGAGAAGAGGAUUCAGCGGCUGGAGCAGGAGAAGAUGGAGCUGAACCGCAAGCUGCAAGAAUCCACCCAGGCUCUGAACGGCUCAGGUAAAGGGUUGGGGACCGUUGGCCGGGACAAGGAGAUGAAGAAGCUGAAUGAGGAGAUCGAGCGCCUGAAGAAGAAACUGGCAGAUUCCGACCGGUUGGAACACCAGCUGGAGGAGGCGGUCACCUUGCGGCAGGGGUACGAGAGCUCCGCCUCCAAACUGAAGUCCCUGGACAAACAGGUUGCGGCGCUCGCGCUGGAGAAAGAGGACAUCCAGAAGCAACUGGCGGAGGCGCAGGAGCGGGCGCGGCUGCAGGCGCAGGAGCUGAAGGAGGCGCAGCAGCAGCGCAAGCGGGCGCUGCAGGAGUCGUCGGAGCAGAGCGAGCGCGCCACCGAGCUGCGCUCGCACAAGCAGCGGCUCGCCCGCCAGCUCCGCGACAAGGAGGAGGAGAUGGACGCCACGCUGCACAAGAUGGACGCCAUGCGGCAGGACAUCCGCAAGACCGAGAAGGCCCGCAAGGAGGUGGAGGCGCUGCUGGAGGACUCCAAGGCGGAGGCGUCGAAGGAGCGCAAGCUGCGGGAGCACAGCGAGUCCUACUCCAAACAGCUGGAGAGAGAGCUGGAGAAGAUGAAGCAGGGGAGCAGGCGGGGGUCGGGCCUGGGCCUGGAGACGCAGCAGGAGCUGUCCAGGGCCAAGUCGGAGCUGGACAAGAAGGUGCUGUUCUACGAGGAGGAGCUGCUCCGCCGCGAGGCCUCCCACUCCAGCGAGCUGAAGAACCUCCGCAAGGAGCUGCAGGAGGCCGAGGCCCAGCACGCCUCCCUCCAGAAGGAGCUCACCCUGCUCAGGGACAAGCUGGAGAAGACCGAGCGGGAGAGGCAAAGCGAAAUGGACGAGGCGCUGGCCAACCUCAAGGAGAAAUACGACCGGGAACGGGACAAUCUAACCGAGGACAACCGCAGGCUGACCAGCGAGACCGACAGGCUGUGCACGUUCGUGGACAAGCUGACCGCGCAGAACCAGCAGCUGGAGGACGAGCUGCAGGACCUGGCCGCCAAGAAGGAGAGCGUGGCGCACUGGGAGGCCCAGAUAGCGGAAAUCAUUCAGUGGGUGAGCGAUGAGAAGGACGCCCGGGGCUACCUCCAGGCCCUGGCCACCAAGAUGACCGAUGAGCUGGAGUCACUACGGAGCUCCAACCUGGGCUCCCGGACACUGGAUCCCCUGUGGAAGGUGCGUCGCAGUCAGAAGCUGGACAUGUCGGCCCGCCUGGAGCUGCAGUCGGCGCUGGACGCGGAGAUCCGGGCCAAGCAGCUGGUGCAGGAGGAGCUCCGCAAAGUCAAGGGAACCAACAUCUCCUUCGAGAGUAAACUGAAAGAGGCGGAGGCCAAAAACCGGGAGAUGGCGGAUCAGCUGGAGAGCGUGAAGAAGGAGCUGGAGGAGAGCCGGACCCGCACAGACAAAGGGUUAAAGCUUCCCAGCUUCCAGGAUUCUCUGUUUGAUUACUUCAGCACCUCCCCCUUCUCCCAGGACCUGACCAGGUCCAGUUCCGUCAGCGAGUCUCCCAAGUCCGACAUCCCCUCCAGGUCAUCGAGGACCUCCGAGCAGGACGAGCCCCUGAAGUCCCCCUCAGCUGCCCCUGUGGCCACACCCCCUGCGUACCAGUCAUCGCUAAAGUCCUCCCCAAAGCCCAAAGCGCAUCAGCUGAGCAUCAAGACCUUCUCCAGCCCCACCCAGUGCAGCCACUGCUCCUCCCUGAUGGUGGGCCUCCUCCGUCAGGGCUACGCCUGCGAAGUGUGCUCGUUCAUCUGUCACGUGUGCUGCAAGGACAGCGCCCCCCAGGUGUGCCCCAUCCCCCCGGAGCAGGCCAAGAGGCACCUGGGCGUGGACAUGCAGAGGGGGAUUGGCACGGCCUACAAGGGCUUCGUCAGGGUCCCGAAGCCCUUGGGGGUGAGGAAGGGCUGGCAGAGGGCCUACGCUGUGGUGUGCGACUGCAAGCUCUUCCUGUACGACGUGCCUGAGGGCAAAGCCACCCAGCCCGGCGUGGUGGCCAGUCAGGUGCUGGACCUCAGAGACGAGGAGUUCACCGUGAGCUCCGUGCUGGCCUCGGACGUCAUCCACGCCACGCGCAAAGACAUCCCCUGCAUAUUCAGGGUGACGUCGUCGCUGCUGAGCUCGCCGCGGCGCUCGGCGUCCCUCCUGGUGCUGGCCGAGAGCGAGGCGGAGAAGCGCAAGUGGGUGGGCAUCCUGGAGGGGCUGCAGACCAUCUUCGCCAAGAACAACCUGAAGCUCCGUCCGGCGCUCAGCCUGCGGGAGGCCUACGACAGCAGCCUGCCCGCCAUCAAGACCGCGCUGUCGGCCGCCGUCGUGGACCGGGAGCGCGUUGCCCUGGGAACGGAGGACGGCCUCUACGUGAUCGAAGUCAACAAAGACGUCAUCGUCCGGGCGACCGACUCCAAGAAGGUGCAGCAGAUCGAGCUGAUCCCCAAGGAGAGGCUGGUGGUCCUGCUCUGCGGGCGCAACCGCCACGUCCACCUGCACCCGUGGGGGGCGCUGGAGGGCGCCGAGGCCGCCUUCGACGUCAAGCUGGCCGAGACCAAGGGCUGCCAGGCGCUGGCGGCGGGGUGCCCCCGGCCCGGCGCCCCCUCCUGCCUGCUGGCGGGCGUCAAGCGGCUGGUGCUGUGCUACGAGGCCGGGGGGCCCCGCCCGCACCACCGCAAGCUGUGGGAGGUGCAGGCGCCGGGCGUGGUCCAGUGGCUGGGCUUCCUGCGCGGGCGCGUCUGCGUGGGCUACCCGUCGGGCUUCGCCCUGCUCAGCCUGCAGGGGGAGUCGUCGCCCGUCAGCCUGGUCAACCCCACCGACACGUCGCUGUCCUUCCUGGGCCAGCAGCCGCUGGACGCCCUGCACGCCCUGGAGGUGGGCGCCGGGGAGCACCUGCUCUGCUUCAGCCAGCUGGGCGUCUACGUGGACCUGCAGGGCCGGCGCUCCCGCUCCCAGGAGCUCAUGUGGCCGGCCACGCCCCUCGCCUGCAGCUCCAACUCCACCUUCCUGAGUGUCUACAGCGACUAUGGCAUCGACGUCUUCAACAUCAACACCAUGGACUGGGUCCAGACCCUCUCUCUGAGAAAGAUUCGGCCUCUGAAUUUGGACGGCAGCCUGAACCUGCUGGGCUCGGAGCAGCCGCACCUCGUGUACAGCAGCAGCUCCUCCUCAGAGGGUCCUGACCUGGCCAUUCCAGAGACGUCUGAUAACAGCAAGAAGGUGAUGAUGAGGACGCGCAGCAAGAGGAAGUUCCUCUUCAGAGUGCCUGAUGAAGAGCGUCUUCAGCAGAGGAGAGAGAUGCUGAGGGACCCAGAACUCAGGUCCAGGAUGAUCUCCAACCCCACCAACUUCAGCCACGUGGCACACGUGGGCCCUGGAGACAGCAUGCAUGUCCUGAUGGACCUGCCCCUGCAGUGCGAAUCCCCCCUCCCCUCCCCCUCCCGACCCCACCCCCUGAUUUCUCCUCCGACCAACUUUGAGCACGUCUAUCACAUGACUCCCAUCAGCGCCGAGCUCUAUCUGCAGAAAGAGCCUUCCUCCCUGCCUGGCCUGCCGCAGAUCUCCUCCUCCUCCUCCUCUCCUUCGACUUCCUCUUUAGGAAGGGAUGAAUCCAGGGAGAGGACUCGGCCUGCCUCCGUUCUGUCGCGGCAGCAGAGGAGCAGGUCCUACAUGCCCCGCACUACCUCCGGAAGCUUAGACUAUGGCGGUGCAGGGCUGUCUCGGAAUGUCUGGGAUCCAGACCUGGAAUUUGAUAGAGAGCCGGAUUCGGACUCCACCAAGCACUCCACCCCCUCCAACAGCUCCAAUCCCAGCAGCCCCCCUAGCCCCAACUCGCCCCACCGGAGCCAGCUGACCCUGGACGGGGUCGACCCCGCGACCCUGGACGGCUGACGAGGCCCCGCCCGCUCAGCCGUGAGCUCCCUCUGCCGCAAGGCCGCCGACGAAAGACUCUGGCUCUCAUUACCCACACACCCCCCCCCACCCCCACCCCCAC